CCAAUUAUUCGAUACAAUUUAUUUCAUUCAGUAGAAUUCGUGGGGCACAUGGAAAAAAGAGAGAUUGAAUUCUAAGGUCUUCUUCCCUGUUGCACUCGUCAGUGCAUCUUUCAGUAUAUCACAGCAUAUCUUUUCCAAUCUACUGCUGGAAUCAUCACUGGUUUCGUGUCCAGAAGCUUAAAUCCUCCAUGAAUUCUCAUUCUCAUGGACUCCAUCCAAAGCGUCGGAGCGAACAUGAAAGCUGGGCGCGCGGUUUUGGUGCUCCUCCUUCUCGGCACUCUCCUGCCUCUUGACCACUGCCGGGACGUGACGACGCUGCCGGAGAAAUCGUCCAACGCCGGCCCUGAGAGCAUCGAAUAUGGAAGCAAGUUCGCAGCUUGCUACCCCACGACUUGCGACAAUGGCGACCAAUGCUUCUGCUGCAGGUUGGCGCCGGGUUCUGCGUGCUUUCCUACCGAGGGCGAGUGCAGGGAUCGUUGCCGUCGAUGAUGUCCCAAAUGCCCCCUGCCGUGCGCCAGUUUGACCUUCAACAACUGUAGGAUCGAUGUAUAAGGCUUUGUUCCUCAAAUAAAAAUUGCAUUUUGCUGCUUUGGUAAUGGCAUGAUUUAGAUUCCAAGAAAUUAAAAAGUGAUCAUUGAUUGAAAUGAAAUGCCUCCUCUAUUCUCGGACCAAAGAAAUAGUCAUGUUGGUUUGGAUCUCAACAUGAUCUUUGCUAAAUUGUAUGAGGACGGUUAUGUCCACUCUGUCAGCCUCCCUAUCGACGCCUCAAGUUGGCAUCUCCUUCCCCGCAUCCACAGCCUCCACAUCCGGGUGACGGUGACCACCUCCACCCCAGCUGCGAUCAUAUAAUCUCCUCUCCACAUCUCCGUCUCCGCACCCCGAACGCCAUGGAGAUCAAGAUCCCAAGACGAGGAGACGGCAAGAACGGCAAGGAAGCCGAGAAGCCCCCGAGCCGGCUCCAGAGGCAGGCACCGGGAUCGCUACAGCUCGACGCCAAGAUGAAGGACGCCCUUGCGUCGCCGGAGAACGCCGCUACUUCCGCUCCGAUCCCCUUGCUGUCCCCGCUUGUGCCGUCUCCGCCGCUGUGGGACGUUCAGGAAACAGGCUCCCGAGGGGAGGAGGGCGAAGGCGUCGAUGGCGCCGGUGGGGACGUGGGCAUGGAGACGACUUCCCCGCCAUCUCCGCCGGAGGGAUGGCGUCACCCGGCUCUGGCCGUGGCGGCCGCGGAACCCGCGUCUCUGGUCCCUCUCUUCGAGUUCCAGUGCUCCAUGGUGCGCAACGUGCAAUAGCUAGCUUGGUAGACGGCGCAACUCCCUUUGACGAGGUUGAAGUGGCAUCCGUGGACGGCAGACGGUGGUGCCAUCCGUCCGCAUUGCUCUACGUGGGUGGGUGUAGAUGAAUGGAUGCAUUCCAACUCUGGGAUUGGUGACAUUAUAGUUCUUUGUGUUGUCUUACUAUAAUCUUCAAACAAGUACAAUAAACUUAUGUUAAUUGAUCAUAAUUAACGUUACAAAGUUAAGCUAACAACAGAGGUCCUAAAAGACAUGAACACUGGGAAAAGCUCUUAUCGUUUUUGCACGACAUGAAGACAGCCCCCACCACCUAAAAUCUUAUUGGAUUCAUCGAAUCUUAGAUGGCUUGACCAACUCGAUAGCUUUACGUAAACUGACAACGACUUGGCACCAAAGUCAAACACAUAUACUGCUCCAACAAGCGACGUUGGCAUGCAGCUCAUCAUAAGAGAGCAGGACGAAAAGAAAUCAAGGUCUCUGGUUUGCUAUCUGCAAAGACCAUACCAACCCAUGACAGUCCAAGAAAGAACAGAGAUGCCAUGAUUCCAUCCAUCGGAGAAGAAGAUGCAUGAAUGAAUGAAUGGUACUCACAAACCAACAUAGUAUAAGAGAUCUCCGGAGGAAUUAGCAAACACUCCUGUGUCGAGCAGAAUUGUCUUUACGAAUUCCCCACUGGCGGCCACGAAUUAGCAAACCAUUAACCUUCUUCAAUCCAGAGGAGGUCUGUGCCUGGAAUCGGCCUUCCUGCAACU